AUGAUCAUGGAAAAGGUGAAGCAACGAAUAUGGUUUGGGACGGAGUCAGCGUCGUCGUCGUGUUCAGCUAGGGCCAUCGAGCGUGCAGGCGUGCAGUGCUUGCCAGGACAGGCAAGAAUGGCGCAGCGUACAGCGUUUCCGUUUGUCGGGGAAGCUGCACAGCAACCUGCAUACGUGAUAGAUGACCCUCAGCACCUGGUGCUGAGCGCCGACGCCACCGUGGCCGACCUCGUGCGCGCCGCCGUCGCGGCCUACGUCCGCGAGGGCCGCCGCCCGCCGAUCCACCAGCACCCCGGGGGCGCGGCGGACGGCGGCGACGCGGCCGACGGGUUCGAGCUGCAUUUCUCCAAGUACUCCCUCGAGAGUUUGAGGCCCGAGGAGAAGGUGCUGGAUCUGGGGUCUCGUAACUUCUUCCUCUGCGCCCGGAGAUCCGCAGCCUCUGCUUGAGCUUACAUUAGCUUCCACCAGUAAUCGGCUCAAUGACGAAGAAUAAGAAACUAUAGAAUCAAAAAGAUAA